CGGCAGAAGUUUGCAAACAGUAUCAUUUCCACUUGGAUUCUACAGUGAGCUGAAGAUCAGUUGAAACUGCCAAAAUGAAAUUGUUGUUGAUCUGUGCCCUCGUUGCCGCCGUGGCCGCUGAUGUGAGCCAUCUGCCAUCCAACCAAUAUCUGCCUCCUGGCCAAAGCUACCAGGUUGCUGCUUCGGCUCCUGUUGAGUCCUACUCGGCUCCAGCUCAGACCUACACCGCCGCUGCUUCAGCUCCAGCUGUCUCCUACUCUGCUCCAGCACCAGCUCCAGUUGCCUACUCCGCUCCAGCUCAGACCUACCAGGCUGCUGCUUCAGCUCCAGCUGUCUCCUACGCCGCUCCAGUGCAAUCUUACUCUGCUCCUGCUGUCGAGUCCUUCUCUGCCCCAGCUCAGACCUACACCGCCGCUGCUUCGGCCCCAGCUGUGUCCUACGCCGCUCCAGUUGCUCAGUCCUACGCUGCUCCAGCUGUCCAGUCCUACUCGGCUCCAGCUCAGACCUACACCGCUGCUGCUUCGGCUCCAGUCCAGACCUAUGCUGCCCCUGCUCCAGUCCAGAGCUACGCUGCCCCCGUUGAGUCCUACGAAACCGCUGCCUCUGAGCCAGCACCCGCUCACACCUACUCUGCUGAUGAUGGUUACCGUUACAAGACCCACCGUCGCGUUGUCCUCCGUCGUCACCGUCGUGAUGUGAGCCAUCUGCCAUCCAACGACUACCUGCCACCCUUCUCCGGCGCCGCUUCUGCUCCAUCCAGCGAGUACCUGCCCCCAGUGUCUGCUGCUGCCUCUGCCCCAGUCCAGUCCUACGCUGCUCCCGCUCAGAGCUACGCUGCUCCCGCUCAGAGCUACUCUGCCCCAGCUCAGUCCUACUCCGUUGCCGCUUCAGCUCCCGCUGUCUCCUACGCUCAGCCCGCUGAGUCCUACGAAACCGCUGCCUCUGAGCCAGCCCCAGCUCACAGCUACUCUUCCACUGAUGGAUACCGCUACAAGACCCUCCGUCGUCGCGUCGUCCGCCGCAAGUACUAAACGGCCAGUAGAUGAGGCUACCUGAAGCAAAACCAACUAAAUCUACAAAAUAUUCAGCAAAUGUUAACAUUACAUUCAAUUUAACAUUACAAUGUUUGUGUUGAGUAGUUUACGUGGUAAUUGCCAAGGAACGAAAUAAAUAACAAAUUCAUAAAAUAA